AUGUCCCGCCCUAUUUCCACCUGCUCUACCGGAUACGAGACCGACUCGUCUUCUGGAAGUAUGUGGUCAACCCAGCAACCGGCCCAAAGCGUCGACACCAAGACGAAGAUCAACAGCAAGGGCCAAUUUGUGACUGUCAUCAACCACAAACAACAGAACCGCCAGGAGGAGCCCAGUCCGACAUACAAGUCAGCCCAGACAUACGCCAAGCGGUCAUGA